AUGAAGUGGAACUUGUUCAAGAAAAAACCUGAGGCAAUGGUUGGUCCACAGCCAACCGGAGCAGGUGCCAUGACAAUGGCCCCUGUCGUUUCCACGGGAGCCAGCAACGCCACAGAGUCUGAGGAGCCAGUCAGCAAGAAUGACGUUUUUGGGGACAUUAAAAACAAAUUCCUCAAUGAGAUUGACAAGCUACCAUUGCCCUCAUGGGCCAUCAUUGCCAUAGCCGUGGUAGCGGUGCUGCUGAUUGUCACAUGCUGUUUCUGUAUUGUAAAGAAGUGUUUCUUCAAGAAGAAGAAAGGAAAGAAAGGAAAGAAAGGAAAGGGUGAUAUGGGCAUGAAGAACAUGAAGGGGGGAGAGAAACAGGAGGAAGAAGAUGAUGAGGAUGAUGCAGAGACAGGGAUGACAGGAGAUGAGAAAGAGGAGGAACCAAAAGAGAAAGAGAAACUUGGCAAACUGCAAUUCUCUCUGGAUUAUGACUUCUCAGACAACAAGCUCACUGUAGGCAUUUUGCAAGCUGCAGACCUGCUCUCUAUGGAUAGUGGAGGCACCUCUGAUCCUUAUGUGAAAGUAUUCAUUCUCCCUGACAAAAAGAAGAAAUUCGACACCAAAGUACAUAAGAAAACUCUGAAUCCUGUCUUCAACGAGACCUUUACUUUCAAGAUUCCCUUCCAGGAGAUGGGUGGAAAGACUCUGGUGAUGUCAGUGUAUGACUUUGACCGCUUUUCUAAGCAUGACGUCAUCGGUGAGGUGAAGAUUCCCAUGAACACUCUGGAUCUGGCUCAGCCCAUUGAGCAGUGGAGAGACCUGGAGAGUGCAGAGAAAGAGGAGCCUGAGAAACUGGGCGAUAUCUGCAUCUCUCUUCGCUAUGUGCCCACGGCUGGUAAACUCACCAUAUGCAUACUUGAGGCCAAGAACCUGAAGAAAAUGGAUGUGGGAGGACUGUCAGAUCCCUAUGUGAAGAUUCACCUGCUCCAGAAUGGUAAACGUUUGAAGAAAAAGAAGACUACGGUGAAGAAGAACACGCUGAACCCGUACUACAAUGAGUCCUUUAGCUUUGAGAUUCCUCAGGACCAGAUGCAGAAAAUCCAAGCGAUCAUCACAGUGCUAGACUACGAUAAGAUUGGCAAGAACGAUGCCAUUGGGAAGAUCUGGGUGGGCAGUAAGGCGACGGGCACUGAGCUGAGGCACUGGUCAGACAUGCUGGCCAACCCACGCCGCCCCAUCGCCCAGUGGCACCCACUUAAACCAGAGGAGGAAGUUGAUGCUGCUUUGGCUGCACUGACUGCCAAGAAGUAA